GCGGCAUGCGGAAAGUGCGCGGCGAUGUCUGAGUGACGGAAGAUGUUAAAGAGUCGAAAAUCUUCGAAAGACAAACAGAAGAAGUAAUGGCAACCCUAAGAAAAUCUGUGAAACUGAAAGAACUGGAUUCCAAGACAUCGAAUGAUUUGCAAGACGCUCAUCUAUCUGCUAAAACAUACGAGAAAGGUGUUAAUUCCUCUAAUCUGAAAUGUUCGCAAACGUCUCCCGUAGAGAAAUUUUCAGAUGAUGGCACAUUGACGUUUUUCUGGAGAGCGCAUACACUUACUGUUCUUUUUAUUUUUAUCUGCUCAUUGGUUUAUGUGGCUGUGUUUGAGCCUGUUUCCAAUGAUACAACAUACAACACCAAAAGGGGGAUUUUAGCAUGUGUGCUUGUUUUCAUUCUCCUGGGGGUCACUGUUACCCCGGACGGUGUGUUUCAACGUCCUCACCCUGCUGUCUGGAGGUUCACAUUCUGCUGCAGUAUUGUUUAUGAACUGGGCCUGAUAUUUAUGUUAUUUCAGACCAAGAAAGAUGCAAUUAGUCUCCUGAGCCAUAUUGAUUCUUCUCUUGGGAAACCACUGGAAGAAAAAAGUUAUGGUGGAAAUUGUCGCAUAUAUGACACAGAGGCAUCAGAUCCAUUCCACAAUGUCUGGGAAAAACUUGAUAUAUUUGUUCCUACUCAUUUUAUUGGCUGGUGGCUGAAGACAUUGGUUCUCAGAGAUUGGUGGCUAUGUACCGUUUUGUCUGUUAUGUUUGAGCUUCUUGAAUACACUUUGGAACACCAGCUGCCAAACUUCAGUGAAUGCUGGUGGGAUCAUUGGAUAUUAGAUGCCCUGGUUUGUAAUGGACUUGGCAUCUAUCUUGGAAUAAAAACAUUAAACUACUUUUCCAUGAAGACAUACCAUUGGCGAGGUUUAUGGGGCAUCCCAACAUACAGGGGGAAGCUGAUGCGAGUUGUAGCUCAGUUUGGGCCAUAUAGUUGGAUUGAUUUUGACUGGAAAGCCACAUCUAGUCUUGGUCGUUGGAUUGCAAUGUUGGGAAUAAUAUUGGUGUUCCUCGUUGCAGAACUGAAUACGUUUUACUUGAAGUUUGUGAUGUGGAUUCCACCAGAACACUACUUUAACCUUGUACGCUUGUUUUUCAUAUUACUUUGGGGUGCUGUAUCAAUGCGGGAAGUCUUCCAGUAUUUGGAUGAUCCUGAUUGUACUAAGAUUGGGAGGCAAUCGUGGAUAACAUUGGCUAUUGUGUCAACAGAAUUCCUUACUGUUGCCAGAUUUGAUUGGGACACUAUUACCAUACCCAUUCCAAGGCAUAUAGCUGCUUUGUGGGCUGUUGGUCUGUCAUCAUUAGUAGCAUGGACAAUAUGGAAUUUCUUGAUAUCAAGGAACACAGCAAGAAGAAGCAGUGUCGCUGAUGUUGCUCAGCGACGUAUGAGGUGGGCGGUUGUAAAGAACUUGAAAUGAUUGACUUACACCUGAUAAUCAGGUGAAUUGUGCAUUUUUGGAAGAAAGAAAUACCUCCUUGAAUCUGUAUCUCAUUUGCUGGCAUAAAAAGAAGAGACGUGAUCUGUUUUUCAUUAUGAGGACAAAGCAACAGUUGUUUCAUUCCUUGAUAGAGAAUGAAAGUUUCUCCUGUCAUUCAUGUUCAAACCUUAUAUAAUUUAAGACACGAAGUGAAUGGGAUGAUAUUCAAAGCCUUUCUUUUACUAUUUCACAGCUGUUUGAGCUUUUGUGUCGUGAAAAGGAGGAGAACUAAAAGAAAAGUGAUUGUAUUAGACUGCUGCACUAUUUUCCUCGUGUCAAAGUGGUUUAUGAGCUCUGAUCAUUCACAAGAAACGGAAAAAUUUUAAGAACAGUCCUGUUUUUAAGAGCCUAUUAGCACCAUGAAUUGCUGCUAUCAGCAGUUAGAUUACGAUUUUUAUGUCAGAAUUUACUUAGUCAUACUGAAAAAUCUGAUGAGGGUACUCAUUGACUGAUGUGUGUGUUUCAGAGUAGCAGUAACUAUAUUCAUCCUUAGUUCAUGCUAAUAAUAUGCUACUCUGCUUUUGAAAGUAGUUUAAUAUUCAAGUUCCAUUCCUGUUCUAAUGUUGUGGAAUGCUCUAAAUUUGUAUUUUCUAUGUUAAAAAAAUUAAAUUUUAGUAUUAACAGCUACUAAUAGAUUCAAAAUCAUUCUUGUCAAAGAAUAACAUAAAGUCAUUAAAAGAGUCAACAAUCGUAGCUGGAUUAGACUCUGUAAUAUUCCGUCUUGAUAUCUUUUCUAUUGUACAAACUGUACAAUUCUACUUGUUUCACCUUUAAACAAUCUUCAGAAUCUGUCAGAUAAAAGGACAAAUUUGAGAAAUUUAACAAAAAGUGAGAUGUUCCAUAUUAAGAGAAUAUCAAUACCUAGUAUCUCACCAAAAAAUCCAGCAUAUAAAAGUACCAGGGACAAUUGCUACCAUUCAGUGACACCGAGUUCCUCAAGUAAAACAUGCUGUGGCCAUUAGGUGGUGUUAAUGCUGUCAGACUUUCAAAUAUAGCAUCUAUAGUUCUGAGUAUUACUCAUACAGUCAUUUUAUAUUACAUAAAAUCUAUAAAUAUAACAAAAUUUUCUAUGGACUAGUCUGCUGGUGAAACCAUUUUAAUAUAUGAUAUAGUAUUAUAGAAGAAGCAUAGGUCCUUUUUAAAAGUAUUUAAAAAUUAAAUUUAUUUAAAAUAAGGAUCAUGUACCAUAGUAACAAAAUUGCGUAGCAAGUGCAUUAAAAUUAAAUGUACAUUUGUGUUGUCACCGUCUUGUCGCCAUCCUGUUUACUUGGGGUGUUGACUCCAGAGCUGUGGCCAGAUAAGCCACAUCUUACAACUAAUGUGCAUCUUACACUUGUUUUAUAGCAUUGUGUGAUAUUUCAUCGUCACAAUAGUCCUUUUAUCUGACAGAUACUGAAGACAAAUAAAAUUGUUAUUGAAAUAUUUUGGCAACAUAACACCACAACUCCGGUGACAACAUGAGAAGAUUCCAUGUGUGAAAUUCACCGUUAAAACCUGCCCUUAUAGAUUCUGAAGAUGGCUUCAAUUUUAAUUCAAAAUAUGUAAAAUUUUAAGUUGAGUAGCAGUUAUCAGUUACGUAUGAGAUUGCUUACAAAAGGGAUUCAUUAGUAUCUUUGACAGCAUGCAGAUGUCAUACCAUGAAUAAACAAAAGGGAGAAUACUAUUGCCACACUUAAUCCAUAGUUUUCACUCCAGUAGUUUCAUGAUUCAACAAACUUAAUGUAUCAAAGUACCUCAAACUAUUCAAUCAGUGUCUGCACAAUUAGGUUUAAUUGGCACAGCACAUGCAAUAGAAAUAGUGUGGUUGGACAUGAAUAGAUCUUCUUUCUCUUGUGAUCUGUAACUAACCAUGAAAGCAUCUCUUUAAUUUUCUGUAAUUGGUUAUGAAAUAUUUUCACCUUUUUUCAUCAUCAUCAUCAUCAUCAUCAUCAUCAUCAUAGUCACAUCUGUCUCUUUGUGCUAAGAGAGGAAUGUUUGUGUACUUGUUUGACACAACACAUCAGCACAGGCCUUAACAUGAGGUGCCUACUAGCAUUUUUGUCUGAUACCCUUUGCUAGAAAGAGAGACAGCAACUAGAAACAUGAAGAUUUUACUAUAACAACUGCUUAUCAAUACACUGACAGUAAAAUUAUAUUUGAAGCCCAGUUAGAGGAAAUAGUGAAAUGAAAUUUAAACUAUUGGCCUUUUAAAAAUAGUUUUUAGAUAGGAACUCUGAUUUUUAUACAGUUACAUUCUGUAGAGACUUUUAAAGUCACUUAGUGUUGAAUGGAGCAUAAGUGUUGAAUGGAGCAUGAUAUUUGCAGUUGAGCCCUUUAUGUUUAAGAAGACAUUAAAGAAACUUUUUUUGUAAGAAACCUACUGUCAUAUAAAUUUGAAUUGAGAGUAUGACAUGCAAAGUGUUACAUAAAUCCCCAGUUAAAUGUGGUUAUUUAAACAUGUAUAACAUUUGUUGGCAUUAACCUUUAUAAAAUGUUGGUACUCUGGCGUUAAAAAUACAAAAAAGUUAAGAUUGUUUUCAAACUAGUCAUGUAUUUGACUGCAUCAUCAUUAUAUUCUGUGUAGCAUUCCAUUUUAUGCCUGUUUUGACAAAACAAGAGUUAGCAGCAUUACUUUAAAAAGAAAAACGUUAGUGCAUGAUAAGUACUGUAGUAGUAAAUAAAAUAAUAAUUGUCUCAAAUUUUGUAAUGAAUGUCCUAUAAUGUACUUAGUGAUGUAAUUAAUUAUUGUAGAUACUGUCCCCAUUGAGGUAAUUCAUGGCAGUAUAGCUUAUUUAAAAGAAUAUCUUUAUCAAAAAAAGCUGAAACAAUUUUCACAUUUCUUGUGGAGUACAAGAGCCUUAUUUUUUCCAAGCUCAGCAAGGAAUGUAAAUUAGAAAUGAGUCAUGUUAUCAUAUGAAUAAGACUUUUAAACUUGAACCUAAAGUUAGAUCAAAAAUUAUAGAAAUGAAGUUUCAUAUGCUCAGGUUAUUAUAUUUAAUGCUGAAAGAUAAAAUAUCUUCUUGAGAUUCCUUGCUUUUAUCAGUGGAGUUAAUUGUUGAAUCUGCAAUAUUUACAUACUCAAAAUGUUUAAUAUUUUGAUAAAUGUAGCACCAUAAAAUUUGGAUUUUGUAGGAACAUAACUUAGUGUGUCUUAUUCCUCAGUAUAUUUAUUUUUUACCAAAGUGUCUGCUUGAUUAGCAAAGGUGUGUGUGUGUGUGUGUGUGUGUGUGUGUGUGUGUGUGUGUGUCGAAACUACAGAUAAUUUGUAAAUGAAUGAAGGAAACAGGAAAAAGAAAUGAACAUUGUAUAAACUAUAUUUUACCAUCUAAAUUGAAUCCUCCCAUGCAUAAUUGUUUUAUUGUGUAUUUGAUAUUAUUAAUUGCUCAGUAAGUUCAAGUAUAUAUUAGGGAUAUGGAAAAAACAGAGAAGUAGAUAUUUUUAAAUAAUUAAUACUUCAUUAAAAUUUGUUGUAACUUCUUAGCUAAAAUAAUAACAUAGUUUCAUGUUCUGGUUAGCUGUUAUUAGUAAAAAUAAGACAGUUUCUUGGUGAGUUAUAUCAUUCUCUCAAGUUCUUCAGCUUGUCAAAAUUAGUUAUUCGCUGUUGUCUCUACACUGUGUACCUCAAUAUGACCUAAGUGCUUUUCUGUCAUGAACUGUUACUGUUUGGAAGCUACAGAACUUGAACAAUACAAUAAUGAAAAUUUCUGUGGUAAAAUAGCUCUCAUACAUAUAAUUCAAUUUAAUGCUUUAGUUAGAAAAGCAAGUUUUAUUCAGUAUUAUUGUUGGGACCAUUGAAGUAAAACAUUAUAUUAUCAGUUUCACAUGCUAUAUUUCGAAAGUGUUAAGUUUUAAAAACUAGAUUGCAGUUAUCAUACCAAAAUAUAGCAAAACUGUGUGUUGUGGAACAUAUUUUUGUGUAUGUAAAUUGAUGUAAUCUUUGUUGUUAUUGUUGGAAAUAUAAUUAUAAAGGCCUAAUUUUUCUUCCCAAUGCUGAAUAGAUGAUGAUUAGUAUUUUGUGGUA